AUAACACAUCGAACGCGCAAACAGCGCACGCGCGCCAAUGCCGCUGUCAACUUCGCUGCGCGGGAACCCGUAACUUUAUUUGAACACAGAACCAUACAUUAAUCAGUGCUAUAAAAAAGUGAACUGUAUUCUUUGACUAAUUAAUAAAAACAUAAAAAUGCGUGCGUUUAGUGUAGUGCUAUUUCUUUAUGUUUGUGUUUACGUCGUGGUUGGACAAGAUGUAAACAAUUUGGAAGGUUUACCAAAAUAUGAUAGAAGAUACGACUAUUUGGACUUGGACACUUUAUUUUACAGUAAAAGGCUAGUCAGGAACUAUGUGGAUUGUCUUAUUAAUGCUCAACGCUGCACGCCUGAAGGAAAACAGCUGAAACGAAUAUUACCAGAAGCUUUAAGAACGAAAUGCAUACGAUGCACCGAGCAACAGAAGAGGACCGCUGUGAAGGUGAUCAAGCGACUGAAGGACGAUUUCCCUGAGGAAUGGGCUAAGCUGUCCUCACGGUGGGAUCCUACCGGAGACUUCACCAGGUACUUCGAAGUGUACCUCGCCAAUGAGAGUUUCAACACCAUCCCUGACUCUGCUGACAACGAGUCUGGACUAUCAUCGGUGCCACCGGCGUCAACGUUUGCGCCUCUACCACAAGUGCCACCCAGGUUGCCUAACUUACCGACCACACCGCCGCCAACACGAGCAACGUCGCGGCCACCAACGCGGCCGGCGACUCGCCCACCAUCACAACAAAUUCCUGACAUCACAACGCCUGCCAGACCUGUCAUUCUAAAUAGGUUCGGAGAUGACGGUGAGCUGAUGACGGGUAGCCCGUCAGCUUCAGCUGUAACUCCACGCCCAACCACUAGCAGACCAUCCCCAUCACCGAACACCCAAAGGCCGACCGCCAGACCGACUCUAGCAACGUGGGUGGGUGCUGGUUCGAAUGCUAUCUCCACUCGUUUCCCAUUCCGACCAACUAGCGAUAUCCCGCAGCCUUAUUCCACUGCCAUCACGUUCAUCGACCAAAUAGGACACAAAAUCAUCAGGACAACUGAACUAGUCACAGAUAUAUUAAAAAGUACCGUCAGAGCCGUCGUUGGACGAUAAAAUAAUUUUAAUGUUAAAAUUAGGAUUCCUUUAAUUAGACUUUAAUAAGACCCAUUAUCAAAAUUAUUACUUGUGUACUUAUACUCACCCGCCAUAACGUAUUCAUUUUAUUUUUGUUUUUUUGUUUAAGACAUUGCGCUAUUAUGAAGGAAUGAAAUUAAUUACUACAUACUAUAAAACAAAGUUGCUUUCUCUGUCCCUAUAUAUCCCUAUGUAUGCUUAAAUCUUUAAAACUACACAACGGAUUUUGAUGCGGAUUUUUUUCAUAGAUAGGGUGAUUCAAAAGGAAGGUUUUUAUGUAUAAUAAAAGACCACGCGGGCGAAGCCGCUGGCGGAAAGCUAGUGUAGAAUAAAUUUAAGUUACAUUAAAUAGGAAUGACGCCUGAUUUUUAUUUGUCUGUCCGUCAGGUAGAUUGUUGAAAAAUAUUAAACGAGUUUUUUCGUAAUCAUUAAAUUACGGCGAUACAUUGUGUUAAAAUAUCGCAUGACGUCAGGCUUUCGUACAUUUUCUACAAAACUUUGAUGUAGCGAGCCCCCAUUUCUCAACUUUAAUGUCUGUUAUCUAAACUAUUUCUUGUCUAAACUAUUUCAGUCGUUAUCCCUAUCAUUGAGACGUAUGUAAAUGAGAAUCAAAUAAAUUGAGGUAAUAGAAAAUUCUUCUUACACAGCGGCGUAACUAUACAGUUUGAGGUCCAUGGCAAAUUCAUCGGAUAUUCAUUUUUUUACUAAUUGCAUACUAAUAAAUGCCAGGAGUAAGGAGUCUCCUCUGACCGGGGGCCCCUUCUAGAUGGCAGCCCAUGGCAUCUUGCCGACUGGCCACCCUGUAGUUACGCCACUGUUCUUACAACAUAUCAGGUUUUAAAAGUGUUUAAAACGUUUGUUUUUAAUGACAACACUUGUGCUUAUAAUAUUAUAAAAAAAGAGACAUUUGAUUUAUAUAAGUUGGCCAGGAUUGUAUUUCUUAUUGAAUUUUAAUAUCAAGAGGAAAAGAGUAAUAUUCAGGGUAGGUGUUUUAACUUAAAUUAGCCUAAGAUGUUAAUGUGUAUGUUAAAUAUCGUUACAAAUCAACAAUAAUGUUAAAAUAACCUUUAAAAUUCAAAAAUAAAUAUGUAUAAGGUUAGAAAUGUGAUGGUUGCAAUAAUUUCAAUAGAAAAUUGACUGAUCUCUUUCGAAGAUUAAACUCGGUACUUAAAAUAUAACAAUAUUUAAUUCCAAAUAAUUUUUAAACUGAUCUUGUAGAUUUGUUUUAGACUAGAUAUUAUAAUGCAUAAAUAAGCAUAUACUCGAUUCACGUACAAAUGUUGAUCACACGUCGGGAUUUCGAACCUGCGACCAUAUUCCGUUGACAACUCGCCUACAUUAUAAUUUAAAUAUUAAUUUGAAUCUCAAUAUCUUUCAAAUGCCAAUUUCACAUCACUUCACCAGCCCUUUUACGUCCCCACUGAAGGGCCUUCCUUAUGGAUGGUUAAAGAGGAUGGGCCAUAAUCCUCCACGCUGGCCCAAUGCGGAUUGGAGGGUAUUAACGACUGCAAAUGCAGCCUAGACCAACGGCUUAACGUGCCUUCUGAAGCACGGAGUAAUUCGAGAUAAUAAUUUUUUGGUCACCUAUCCCGUGACCGACCCUAGCGAAAGUUGCUUAACGACUAAUAUCACGGGCCGCGGUGCUUAUCCACUACACCACCGAGCUACUCACGUAAGGAUUAAUGCCAAUUUACUCCUUACGUUUUACUAAUCUUAUAAUUUGAAUCUUCCUAUACUUCAGUCCAGCUUUUUGUUAUAUCCAUUUGAUGGAGUUUUCGUGCGAAUCCGUAACGUUAAUUUGGAAUCCUUUUAUUUGAGUGAUCUCUCAUUAUCUAUCACUACAAAGCUCCCCAGCUUUGUUUCAUAGAUGGUGCGGAUUCUGUUUUACCUUUCUCUAAAUUAAAUUAAAAAAAGACACGUUAUUCCGUAGUCACAUGUAAUCAAGGAAAUAUUAUCUUGCUUUAUAUGUUGUAUAAUAUGAUAAAUUUAUUUCUGUUAUCUAAUUAUUCUCACAGUUACAGGUCUAAGCUUAAAUUUAAUAUAAUUUGUGCAACCAACAAUGUAGAGUUUAGCACUGAAUUAAAAUAUCAUUUAAUUUAAUUUAAUAAUUAAUGAAUUCGGUCGUGAAGUGAAAUAGAAAAAGAGUUUUGUGAAUUAAUAGCUUAAUUUCUCGCAAUAUUUAAAGUUUAAGUUUAGAAACUAAAUAGUAGUAAUAAAAUGUUACUACUAUUUUGUUGAAUAAGAAAAGGUUUCGCCUUCCAUUUAAUAUUGUAACAAAACCGAAAACUGUCUACCUACGUUAUUUUUAUUAAUCAUAGUUUAUCUUUCAGAUAUAUUUUUGUAAACUAAAAGUAGGUAUAAUGUUAUCUCCAUUUUCCUACCUACUCAAUUAUUUAUUAGUUAAUUUAUUUGUAGUCAUUGAAAUUAUGUAAUUAAAGAUACUUAGCUUAAAAAAUAUAUUUUAAGGGUCAUAAGUUUGAGAUUGAAACUCAUUUAUUUGUAAGUCAUCCAUGACAAUAAAUGAUUUGUAUGC